AUGGCGUCCGCUACCACGUUCUACGACUUCAAGCCAAAGGACAAGAAGGGCAAUGAGUACCCUCUCACCGACCUGAAGGGCAAGGUCGUGCUCGUCGUCAACACUGCUUCCAAGUGUGGCUUCACGCCACAGUUCGAAGGCCUUGAGAAGCUCUACAAAGACCUCAAGCCCUCCCACCCCGACUUCGAAAUCAUCGGCUUCCCAUGCAACCAGUUCGGCAACCAAGACCCCGGCAGCAACGAUGACAUCCAGAGCUUCUGCCAGCUCAACUACGGCGUCACCUUCCCAGUCCUCGGCAAGACGGACGUCAACGGCGACAAAGCCGAGCCUGUGUGGGAGUGGAUGAAAGAGCAGAAGCCAGGCAUCAUGGGCCUCAAGAGGAUCAAGUGGAACUUUGAGAAGUUUCUCGUCGGAAGAGAUGGCAAGGUCAAGCAGCGAUGGGCCAGCACCAGCGCUCCGGAUAAGCUCAAGGCUGCUAUCGAGGCCGAGUUGAAGGCUUCGCCUGGCGCUACAGCAACCUCUGCUGAGAAGCCUACCCCGACUGCUUGA